UGACCGGCGGCGCCAGACGCUCGGGGUCCAGGAGCAGCUGCGCGACAGCGGGCCGCGUCCCCGUCCCCGUCCCGUCCUGUCCCCGCAAAGCGGCCCGGGGCGGCGGGAUGAGCGGCGCGGGGCCCGGCCCGGGCUCGGCCGCCUGCCGCUUCGCGCACUACUUCGUGCUGUGCGGGGUGGAUGCCGAUAGCGGGUUGGAGCCAGACGAGCUGGCUGUCUUGUCCCAAUGGCUAGAAGCAGACCGACACGGCAGGAGCCAGGAUGCUGCAAGCCCGCCCUCAGGUGAGAAUUUUGACCAGAGUCCUUUGAGAAGAACAUUCAAGUCCAAAGUGCUGGCCCACUUCCCCCAGAACGUAGAAUGGAGCCCCUUCGACCAGGAUGCGGUGAACAUGCUGUGCAUGCCCAAGGGGCUGUCCUUCCGGACGCAGGCCGACCCCCGGGAGCCGCAGUUCCACUCGUUUCUCAUCACGCGCGAGGACGGCUCGCGCACCUACGGCGCGGUGCUCACCUUCUUCGAGGAGGUGCGAAGCCGGCAGAUGUGCGCUGCCAUGCACACGCUGUACCAGAUGCACCGCGCCGAGCAGCGGGCGGGCGCCGCCCCCGACGGUGACUCGUACGACGUGGGCCGCGACACGCUGUUCGUGUCCAAGAGCCUGUGCCUGGUCACGCCGCUGCCCUUCAUGCGCGCCUGCCGCCGCUUUCUGCUGCAGCUGCACCGCGCCGUAGCCGGCCCGCAGCCGCCGCCGCUGCCGCUCGAGAGCUACAUCCACAACGUGCUGUACGAGGUGCCCCUGCCGCCGCCCGGCCGCUCGCUCAAGUUUCACGGCGUGUAUGAGCCCGUGGUGUGCCAGCGGCCCGGGCCCGGCGAGCUGCCGCUGUGCGACUACCCACUGCGCGAGGCCUGCGAGCUGCUGGGGCUGGAGAACCUGGUGCAACUCUUCACCUGCGUGCUACUGGAGAUGCAGAUCCUGCUCUACUCGCAAGACUUCCAGCGCCUGAUGACAGUGGCUGAGGGUGUCACCACACUGCUAUUCCCGUUCCAGUGGCAGCACGUGUAUGUGCCCAUCCUGCCCGCCUCACUGCUGCACUUCCUGGACGCACCCGUCCCCUACCUCAUGGGCCUGCAGUCCAAGGAGGGGACCGACCGCUCCAAGCUCGAGUUGCCCCAGGAGGCGAAUCUGUGUUUUGUGGACAUCGACCACCACUCCGUGGAGCUGCCCGAGGAGUUCCCACAGUUCCCCCACAAGGCAGACUUCAUCCAGGAGCUGUCAGAGGUGCUUCUCUGCUUUGGCCUCUCUCCGGAGGGCUGCCGGCCCCGGGGGCACAGCACCCCAGAGCUCCAGGCCCUGGCCAGUGACAAGAAGAAUGGUAACGUGGCCCCAAAUGUGGACAACAUGGAGCCGGCACCCCCACCCCGGGGCGACCAGGACAGGGACCCCAAGCCGCACUGUGAGGAGGGGGAGCUGCAGGACCACCGGUUGAAUGUGCAGCUGCGGGAGGUGUUUGCCAACCGCUUCACACAAAUGUUCUCUGAUUACGAGGCCUUUGUCAUCCAGACAGCGCAGGACCUGGAGUCCUGGCUGACCAACCGCGAGCAGAUGCAAAACUUCGACAAAGCCUCCUUCCUGUCAGACCAGCCAGAGCCUCACCUACCCUUCCUGUCCCGCUUCAUCGAGACGCAGAUGUUUGCCACCUUUAUCGACAACAAGAUCAUGUCCCAGUGGGAGGAAAAGGACCCUCUACUGAGGGUCUUCGACUCUCGGAUUGAGAAGCUCAGGCUGUACAAUGUUCGGGCACCCGCUUUGAGGACGUCCAGGUACCAGAAGUGCAGCACCUUAGCAGAAGCAGCCCAGCCCAUCGAGCAGCGGCUCACGAAGUUGGACCACACGGCCAUCCACCCGCACCUGCUCAACAUGAAGAUCGGGCAGGGCCGCUAUGAGCAGGGCUUCUUCCCCAAGCUGCAGCCCGACGUGCUGGCCACUGGGCCGGCCAACAACAACCGCUGGGUCAGCCGGAGCGCCACGCAGCGCAGAAAGGACCGACUUCGCCAGCACCCCGAGCACGUGGGCCUGGACAACGAGCUGAGGGAGAAGUACAUGCAGGAGGCACGGGGUCUGGGCAAGAACCCCAGGCAGCCCAAGCUGUCGGACCUGUCCCCUGCCGUCAUCGCCCAGACCAACUCCAAGUUCGUGGAGGGACUGCUGAAGGAGUGCAGGAUGAAGACCAAGCGCAUGCUAGUGGACAAGAUGGGGCAUGAGGCGGUGGAGCUGGGCCAUGGCGAGGCCAAUAUCACGGGCCUGGAGGAGAACACGCUCAUCGCCAGCCUCUGUGACCUGCUGGAGAGGGUCUGGAGCCACGGGCUGCAGGUUAAGCAGGGAAAGUCAGCUCUGUGGUCCCACUUAAUCCAGUUCCAGGACAGAGAAGAGAAGCAGGAGCACCUCGCAGAGUCACCAGUCACCCUGGGACCAGAGAGAAGGAAGUCUGACUCAGGCACAAUGCUACCGACACUCAGGGUCUCCCUCAUCCAGGACAUGAGACACAUUCAGAGCAUGAGCGAGAUCAAGACAGACGUGGGCCGGGCGCGUGCCUGGAUCCGGCUCUCCCUGGAGAAGAAGCUCCUGUCCCAGCACCUCAAGCAGCUGCUCUCCAACCAGCUGCUCACCAGGAAACUGUACAAGCGCUACGCCUUCCUGCGCUGUGAAGAGGAGAGGGAGCAGUUCCUCUACCACCUGCUGUCCCUCAAUGCCGUGGACUACUUCUGCUUCACCAGCGUGUUCACCACCAUCAUGAUCCCGUACAGGUCCGUGAUCAUCCCCAUCAAGAAGCUGAGCAAUGCCAUCAUCACCUCCAACCCUUGGAUCUGCGUGUCAGGGGAGCUGGGCGACUCGGGGGCCAUGCAGAUCCCCAAGAACCUGCUGGAGAUGACCUUUGAGUGCCAGAACCUGGGGAAGCUGACCACCGUCCAGAUCGGCCAUGACAACUCAGGACUGAUGGCCAAGUGGCUGGUGGACUGUGUGAUGGUGCGAAAUGAGAUCACAGGACACACCUACAGGUUCCCGUGUGGACGGUGGCUGGGGAAGGGUGUGGAUGAUGGCAGCUUGGAGCGAAUCCUCAUUGGGGAGCUAAUGAUGCCCGCAGCUGACGAUGACCUGGCCAAGCAGUGCCGGACACCUCCCCAGCAGAAGUCACCCACCACUGCCCGGAGGCUGAGCGUCACCUCGCUGACGGGGAAGAGCAAGCCCAGUGCGGGGCAGAUCCAGGAGGGCAUUGGGGAGGCUGUGAACAACAUUGUGAAGCACUUCCACAAGCCCGAGAAGGAGCGGGGGAGCCUGACGGUGCUGCUGUGUGGGGAGAACGGGCUGGUGGCAGCCCUGGAGCAAGUCUUCCACCACGGCUUCCGCUCGGUCCGCAUCUUCCAGAAGAACGUCUUCAUCUGGGACUUCCUAGAGAAGGCAGUUGCUCAUUUCGAAGCCACCAACCAGAUUCUGGACAACGACGAUGACGUCCUCAUCCAGAAAUCCUCCAGCAGGACCUUCUGCCACUAUGUCCAGGCCAUCAACUCUGCCCCCCGAAGCAUUGGCAAGGAUGGAAAGUUCCAGAUCCUCAUCUGCCUGGGGACACGGGACCGGCUGCUCCCCCAGUGGAUCCCGCUGCUGGCCGAGUGCCCGGCCACGGCUCGUAUGUAUGAGGACGGUGCCCUGCUGCGCGACCGUAUGAGUAUCAACUCUUUGAUCCGCGUGCUACAGACCAUCCAGGACUUCCCCUUCUUGCUGGAGGGCUCGCUCACCAAGGGCCUGGACGUGUGAACACACCCUCCCUCCACAGCCAGUCGGUCAGUCGUUGUGGACACACCUGUAGCCACAGGCCUGGAGGCAGGCCAGGCCAGACGUUGUACUGUAGUUCAUUCGAACCUGGGAUUUAGUACCAAAUAGAGUAUUUUCAUGUGUUAGAAGUGUGUAAAUAAUGCUAUCUUCUUUCAGAGAUUAUAUUACUCUAAUAAGAGA